GCGGCGGCGCGAGCGGCUGCGCCCUGGGUGGCUCCGGGCCGUGAUCGCUCCGACUUCCCGCGCAGACCUGGCCGGACGGGACCGGCGGCGCGGACGGCGCCGGAGGAUGCGGCCGUGGCCCCGGGAGGCGGCAACGCGAGGCCUGGCUCUGCAGGUCCACAGUUAAGCAGCAGAGGCCCUGGAGGGCUUGACGCUGUCCCAGUGAUGGCGGAGAAGCGGCCCCUGGGGCCCCUGGGGCCCCUGAUGUAUGGCAAGUUGCCCCGCCUGGAAGCUGACUCAGGGCCUGGACACAGCCUGCCCCCUACUGCUGGCAGCCAGGACCCCUGCAGCUACAAAGGGGCCUACUUCUCCUGCCCCAUGGGGAGCACCCCCAAGGCAGGGCCAGAGCGGCUGGCAUCGUGGACCCCAUACCCACCCCUGUACCCUACCAGCAUGGCAGGACCCCCACUUCGGGCAGACAGCCUGCUGGCCAACUGCCUGCUCUAUCGGCCACCGGCAGAAGGCUCUGAGAAGAUGCAGGACUCAGGCCCUGGGGAGCUCCUACCUUUCAGCCCCCCGGCUCACCCAUACCCAGGCCCACCACUGGCAGCGCCCAAGCCCAUCUACCGCAGCCCCCUGUGCUAUGGGCUGCCCACUUGCCUGGGCGAGGGGCCAGCGAAGAGGCCUCUGGAUGUUGACUGGACCUUGGUGCCCGGGUCCCUGUUGCCAUCAGCUGACCCUCCCUGUUCUCUGGCCCCUGCUCCUGGCAAGGGCCAGUCCCUGGAUGGUACCUUCUUGUGCGGAGUGCCAGCUGGAGGACCUGGCAAAGACACCUCGCUAGGCUUCUCCCCAUGCCAAUCAUUCUUGGACAAAUAUCGGGCAGUCCACAACACAGGUUUCCUGGCCCCCAAGUACACAGCUCCUUACUCCGGGGACCCCAAACAGCCAGUAUCAGAAGGGCCUUCCAGUCCAUGGGCCCAGCCUCUGGGGCCACCCUUCCAAGAGACAGUGCCCACCCAUUACCCACUGCCACCCCCUCCACAGGCCCUGCCCUGCUCCUCAGCUUGUCGUCACCCAGAGAAGCAGGGUGGCUACAGCUCCGUACUCCCACUGCAGCCCCUGGGAGCCCACAAGAGGACCAGGUACCAGGCUGGUGGGCUGGGCAGCUCCUACCCGAGGCAGCAGGCAGCCCAAACCCCCUAUAUGCCCUCCUCGGGGCUGGAUACUUACUCCUACCCUUCUGCCCCCAUCCCAGCCCCUUCACCAGGCCUCAAGGUGGAGCCCCCUCUUGCCCCUCAGUGCCCACUGGACUUCGCCCCCCAGACUCUGGGUUUUCCGUAUGUCCGAGAUGACCUGUCUCUCUAUGGCGCAUCCCCAGGACUGGGAAGUGUACCACCUCCCCAGAACAGUGCACAUCCUGUGCCACAGCCCAGUGCCUUCCAGCGGGUGUGCCAGCCUCUGCCAGCUAGCCGGAUGUGCUCCGACCCUGUGAGGCCUGCAGAGAAGCCAGCACAGGAAGCUGAGGAGAAGACGUGGCUGCCCAGCUGCAGGAAAGAGCAGCCCCAGCCCCGGUGUGAGGAGCACCUCGGGCCCAUUGUUAUCCGGGACAGCCCCAUUCCCCAGACCUCACCAGCACUGCACACAUGUACCCAGGAGCACCAGCCUCACCCACAGAAGGAGAGUGCCAGGCCGCCCAGCUCUCCGCCAAUGCCCAUCAUUGACAACGUCUUCAGCCUGGCCCCCUAUCGUGACUACUUGGAUGCGCAGACCCCUGAGGCCACACCUGAGCCGGUGGAAGCCAUAGCUGAGCUGGCCGAGGGCACAGCCACCAGCAAGAGCCAAGAUGAGGGCUGUAGGGGGCCCUUGCCUGCCACAGAGGGGUCCUCAGGGCUGCACUGCUCUCUCCACGAGGAAGUUGCCCUGGACUUGAGUGUGAAGAAGUCCCUGGCAGAGACUGCCCCUGUCAAGUCCCCCGGUCCUGCAGUGCAGCCCAACCCUGCUGCACCUAUGGAUGGGACAGCGGUGGGGACCACAGUGUCAGGUUUGCCAGCCCUGAAGAAGAUGGUCACGGAAGUACCCAGGACACCAGUGACCAUGGAGGCCAUGCCAAGGAGCAGCUUCCUAGGAGCACCUGAGAUGCCAGCGACCAUAGAGGCCACGCCGAGGACUAGCUUCCAUAGCUCUGUGGCCUUCAUGUUCCGGAAGUUCAAGAUGCUCCGCCCAGCACCCUUGCCUGCAGCCAUGGACCCGUCCACACCCACCCCACCUCCAGCCCCCCCCCAGCCCACUGUGUCCACCCCAUCCCCUGUACCCAUGGGGCUGCAGCUUCUUACCCAGCCCUUGCCAGUGGCCUGCUUCAACUUGGCCCUGCCCAGUCCCCCAGCCUCCACCCCCAUCCCCACUCCAUCCCCUGCCCCUGUCCCUCCCCUGCCCCCUGCCUCCCCAGCCCCAGCCCCAGCCCCAGCCCCAGCCCCAGCCCCAGCCCCAGCCCCAGCCCCAGCCCCAGCCCCAGCCCCAGCCCCAGCCCCAGCCCCUGCCCCAGUCCCGGUUUCCACAGGGGCCCCAGCAGACUCUACAGAGCAGCACUUUACAGGGCUGCACACAUCCCUGUGUGAUGCCAUCUCGGGAUCUGUGGCCCACUCUCCACCUGAGAAGCUACGUGAAUGGCUGGACAUGGCUGGGCCAUGGGGCCGGGCCGCAUGGCAGGACUGCCAAGUUGUACAGGGGCUGCUGGCCAGGCUGCUGUCCCAGCUGCAGAAGUUCGUGUGCACACAGCAGUGUCCCUUCCCCCAUGUGGUACGGGCAGGUGCCAUCUUCGUGCCCAUCCACCUGGUGAAGGAGCGGCUCUUCCCGAGGCUGCCGCCCACCUCAGUAGACCAUGUGCUGCAGGAGCACCGGGUGGAGCUUCGCCCCACUACACUGUCAGAGGAGCGCGCGCUGCGGGAGCGCGCCUUGCAGGGCUGCACCUCACGCAUGCUGAAGCUGCUGGCCCUGCGCCAGCUGCCUGACAUCUACCCUGACUUGCUGGGCCUGCAGUGGCGCGACUGCAUCCGCCGCCAGCUGGGUGACCUCGGUACCAAGGCUGGAACUGUGUCCCUUUCAGAGUCCGUGGUGGCCAGAGAUGAGCCAGAGAGCCCAGCCCUGGCUCCGAAGUCGCCAGUCCUCAAGGUCAGGAGACCUGGGAGGAAGCCACCAGGAAGCCCUGGCCCAGAGAAGACAGAGGCACCUGCUGAGGGAGCAUCGAAGGGUCCCUCCCCUGCCCCUGCUGCUAGUGCCAGCCCACCAGGCCCCACCCUGAGGGCCCGCUUCCGUACUCUGCUGGAAGCCGCUUGGCUCAAUGGCCUGGCACUGCCCACAUGGGGCCACAAGACUUCGGGACCUGACCGGCCCCCACCCUGCCCACAGCUGCUGGGCAGCCAGAGCCAUCCCCUGUAGCGCUGGUCGAGAGUGCUGUUGCGAUGGCCACCUGUCCUAUGAGCAUCCUCAACCCUCACUGGGCCACCAGCUGGGCUGUGAGCUCUGAGGUUCUGACCUGAAGGUCUUUACUGGGAAGGACUUCUUGUUCCUCUUUCCUGGAGAAGGCCUGGCUGCUGCGUCCCUCCCUGGUGACCUGGGCAGAAACUCCACCUCUGUCCAGCCCCCAUUUCCUAUUUGUAAAAUAGGACAGCACAGCCUACCUCGCAGGGUUGUUGGGUGGCAUGGCACCCAUGUGAUGGGGUCUCUUCCCCUGGCCCAGGACAAGUAGGAGGCAGAGGUGGCAGAACCUCCUUGGAGAAAGUCCCUGUGUCUCCAGACUUGGCUGUCCUUAAGUGGCACCUUGUACAGUGUAGAUGACUUCAUGCUUUUCCCCAGCACUGCAGCAGGGUCACAGCUCAGCCUGGUGCCAGCUUCUCUCUGGGCCUGCUGCCCCAUAUCCGGGAGACCCCAGGCCAAUCCCCAAUUGACUGACUUCCUGAGCUGCCUCCCCCACCUCAGGCCUUGUCCCAGGAAUGUUGUUUUUUGGAAUCUGCCAAGUAGCUGCAGGGACUCAAGGACCAGAGCAGACAGGCUGAGUGGCAGCUGAGUCUCAAGAUCUGGACUGAGGACCCUGGUCCUCCCUGUCACAGCAUUGUCAACCAGGUCUGCUGUGGGCCACCGCCCUGCAGGUGCUGCUCUGAGCUGCGGGCUGGCAGACUGGGCCCUUUUGCCUUAUUUAAGGGUUUGGGGUGCACCUGAGGGCUGGGUUAUUAAAGCAUUUGAGUGGUUUUGGAGCUGGGA